AUGCGAAGCUGUAUCAUCAGGGAUACUCCCACCCUCCCGACCAUCCCUGCCCCCCCCAUCCCUGCCUCCCCAUCCCUGCCUCCCCAUCCCUGCCUGGCAGACAACGCUGUCACAAUAGGCCAGCCUACAUCACACGGGGUGAUAUCCAUCCUUUCCGCUCCAUACCUCUCCUCUCCUCCCCUCUCCACCCUUCUCCCCCUCCUCUCCAUCCCUAUCCUCCCCUCUCCACCCUUCUCCCCUCUCUCCAUCCCUCUCCAUCCCUCUCCAUCCCUGCGUUGCUUCCUCGUGUCCCUCUUCAACACAGACAUCGUGUUUAAGGCAUACGACACACAUACGGGCAGGACAGUGGCGAUAAAGAAGAUUCAUCUGGGCGACUGCAAGGAGGGCGUGAACGUGACGGCUCUGAGGGAGAUCAAGCUGUUACAGGAGCUGCACCACCCACACAUCAUCGAUCUUAUCGACAUCUACCCUCACAAGAGGAAUCUCAACCUUGUUCUUGAAUUCAUGGAGACAGAUCUAGAGAACAUCAUCAAGGAUCGAUCGCUGCACCUGUCACCAGCUGACGUCAAGGCCUUCAUGCGCAUGACCCUGGAGGGGCUUGCAUACCUCCACGGCAAAUGGGUGCUGCACAGGGACAUGAAGCCCAACAACCUCCUCAUAGGCCCAACAGGGGAGCUCAAGAUUGCUGAUUUCGGCUUCGCCCGCCUCUUCGGCAGCCCCGACCGCAAGCUCACCCACCAGGUGUUUGCGCUCUGGUACCGCGCCCCUGAGCUGCUGUUCGGCAGCAAGGCGUACGGGUCGGGCGUGGACGUGUGGGGCGCUGGCUGCGUGUUUGCAGAGCUGCUGCUGAGAAGACCCUUCCUGCAGGGAUCAAGCGACAUUGACCAAUUGGGGAAGAUUUUCGCUGCCCUGGGCACGCCGCGGGAGGACCAAUGGCCGGACAUGCAGUGUCUGCCCGACUACGUGCAUUUCAACUUCUGCCCGGCGCCGCCCCUCAAGUCGCACUUCCCCAUGGCUGGCGAUGAUGCCUUGGACCUUCUGUCUCGCAUGCUCACGUUUGAUCCUAAUAAGAGGAUCACGGCCGCACAAGCCCUGCAGCACCGUCACUCGCCCUUCAAGUCGUGCUUCCCCAUGGCAGGAGAUGGUGCUCUCGACCUGCUCUCCUGCAUGCCCGCCUUUGACCCGGAGGAUUACGGCCGCCCACCCAGGCCCUGCAGCACAGGAUCUCUCUCAUGCAUUCUCUCUCCCCCUCACCCGCCAACUACUUCCUGCGUGCCCUGCCAGCAACCAAGGUCCAAGCCCAACUACUUCCUGCAUGGCCCACCAGCCACCAAGCCCAAGGACCUGCCUCGCCCUCCCUUUCUGUAUAUGACGAGUGACACCCACCUGCCUGUCAUCCGCACCUUCUCUCCCCUCUGCCCCCUCAUCAGCUACUUCCUACUCGGUCCCCCAGCCACCAAGCCCAAGGACCUGCCGCGCCCGCCUCCAAAGCCCUCUGGCAGCGACUUCCCUCCCGGUUCCAUCCCUGUCGGCCUGGCGCCCAUCGCCCCAGAUGCUGCAGCUGCUGCUCUUGAUGCUGCUAACGGUACUACUGCUGGCGGUGAUGCGAGACGGGACGGGACGGCUGGUGGGGCAGGAGCAGCAGCAGGUGGUGCUAAUACAGGGCGGAGGCAUCUCCCCCCUUCAGUAGAGUCACCUCACUAUCCCCGCAACCUGUCACCGGCCACCAAGGCAGUCCGCAUAUCCCUCCAACCAGGAAUAGAGGACAGUGAGGGGGGCGAUGGAAGAGGGAAGGCUGGGGAGAUUGUUGGGGAGGGCAGGGAUGGGAGAGGGGCAGUGGAGGGGAGUGGGGCGGAAGGGGAGACGCCGAGUGAGGCGCUUUCGGGAGACGUGCGCGAAGACACGAAUGUGAGAGCGAUCCGUUAUAAGAUGCGCACUCUCAUGGAGGUAAACGAGGAGUCGCCGCAUGCGGGGACUGUUCGCGAUAUGGCGGCGGACGCCAUGCUCUCCGCGCUGCAGGGGGAAGCCGCGGAUGCUGACGUGGCAGCGGAGAAUACGAGGAGGAUGCUGAAGAGGGAGAAGGGAGAGAGGAAGGAUGAGGGGCAUGAUUGGAAGGAUGAGGGGAAGAGGGAGGAGGGGAAUAAGAGGAAGGAUGAGGAGAAUAAGAGGAAGGAUGAGGAGAAUAAGAGGAAGGAUGAGGAGAAUAAGAGGAAGGAUGAGGAGAAUAAGAGGAAGGAUGAGGAGAAUAAGAGGAAGGAUGAGGAUUGA